UCUGCCCAAGACCGAGUUCAAUUCCAAAUCCAAAUCCAACGCAAUGGCCUACAAGAUUGUUAUGACAUUGGCAAUGCUUGCCGUGGCUCAGGCAGCCGUGCUGAGAACUGUGGCACCAGUUGCUGUCGCCCCCGCACCUGUGCUGGCCAAGACCGUCGAGCUGGAGGAAGUGGAUCCGCAUCCACAGUACUCGUACAGCUAUGAUGUGCAGGAUACGCUCUCUGGCGACUCCAAGGGCCAUGUGGAGGAGCGUGACGGCGAUGUGGUGCGCGGCGAAUACUCGCUCAUCGAUGCCGAUGGCUUCAGACGCACUGUGACCUACACCGCCGACUCCAUCAAUGGCUUCAAUGCUGUUGUGCGUCGCGAGCCGCUCGUUGCCGUUGCGGAGCCUCUGGUUAAGGCAGCGCCCGUUGCUGUUGCCGCUCCUCUAGUGCGCUCUGCCCCAGUUGCAGUUGCUGCUCCAGUUGCUCCAGUUGUGCGUGCGGCUCCUUUGGCUGUUGCCGCUCCCCUAGUGCGCUCUGCUCCUUUGGCUGUUACCGCUCCCCUAGUGCGCUCUGCUCCUUUGGCUGUGGCACCCGCACCUGUGGCCUUUGCUGCUCCUCUGCGUUACACAGCGCCCGCCUAUGCCGUUAGAAAUCUGUAA